ACACGCCCCUGCAUACUCACCUCACUCACUCGCAAAAGAGACGAAAUUAAUCGUUAGGGUUUUCCAAAUCCCCGCCAAUUUCUUUCCCUUCCAUCGAUGGCCAUGGAAGAGGAAAACCAAGGAAACGCAGCGGCUAAGGAACCGAGCCCGAGCUGUAAAUCACAGGCUAGCUCUUCGCCUUCUCAGCCUAACCCAGAAACCCCGAAUGCUCUUAGCGUUCAGAAACCAAGAAAACUACGUUAUCCCACAGCCAACAAGCCAUUCGGUCCCAGAGAAUUCAUCCUAUCGGUGGCAGCCAUGUACUGCUCUCAGCCCCUAACCCAUGAUGACCCCAAUGUCUGGGGUGUACUGACUGCCAUCUCCAAAAUUGCCCGCAAUCGCCGUCAGGGAAUCAAUAUACUUUUGACCUCGGAUGAGCAUUGCUUUGGUCGAGUAGUAGAGGAUAUGAAUUUCCGACUUCCAUAUGCUGCAGUCAGUGCGACUCAUUGUCUGAUAUAUCGUAAGAAAGUUGCAAGUGAAGAUUCAUCGCAAACAUCAAGCCAUUACACGUCUGUCUUCUUAAAAGAUACUAGUACAAAUGGAACAUAUCUUAAUUGGGAGAAGUUGACGAAAAAUGGACAUGAAGUUCAAGUUAAUGAUGGAGAUAUCAUAUCAGUUGUGGCCGCUCCUGACCAUGAACGUGCAAUUGCUUUUGUCUAUCGAGACGUUCUUAGAUCUACUCCCGUGAUAGAUGGUACAGUUGCAAAAAGAAAAGGAGAAGAUAUUGCUUCAGAAGGCAAGAGACUAAAAGGCAUUGGCAUUGGUGCUCCUGAAGGCCCUAUAUCUCUUGAUGACUUUCGAAGUCUUCAACGGUCAAACAUGCAACUAAGGAAACAGCUGGAAAAUCAAGUUGCCACAAUCGAAAAGUUGAGCAAUGAGAAUCGAGCAAACAGCGAACUUCACAUAAAUGAAAUCAAAGCGAUGAAAGAAUCAGUUACACGGCCAUAUCUUGACCAACUCAAAGAGUUGCGUGAUAUGUUGGAUGUUAAACAGAAGGAAUUGGUGGAACUAAAUAGAGUAUUGGCCGUACAAAAACAUGCUAUAGAGGACCUAAGAGAAAGACUCAAUGUUUCAGCUCAAUCGUGUAAUGAAUCAAAUGAAAUAAUGAAGAGUCAGAAAGCAUCUAUUGUUGAGCUCAAGGCACAACUAGAUGAAGAGCGUGACCAGAGAAAAAAAGAAAGAGACAAGGCUGCUAUUGAUUUGAAAGGAGCAGUACAUAGAGCUCAGUCUGAGGCUCAAGAGGAGCUUAAACGACAUUCUGAUGCUGCUUUAAAACAGGAAAGAGAGCUGCAAGAUGUAAUUAAGAAGCUUCAGGAAAGUGAGAAAGAAUGGUGUUUACAAGUAGACAUUUUAAAGCCCAAACUGGAAGAAACAAGGCUAAAAUUGGUCAUGUCGGACAAUAAUGUCCGUCAGCUAGAAAAGCAAGUUUCUGAAGGGCAAGUGGCUUCUGCAAGUGAGAGAAAAAGAGCUGAAGGACUUGAGCAUGAACUUGAAAGCUUGAGGAAAGAACUUGAGAGUGAAAAGCAGGCUGCCCGAGAAGAGGCUUGGGCUAAAGUUUCUUCCUUAGAACUUGAAAUAAAUGCUGCAAUGCGUGACCUUGAUUUUGAGAGGCGGAGAUUAAGAGCUGCUAGGGAAAGGAUUAUGUUAAGGGAAACGCAACUUAGGGCAUUUUAUACCACCACAGAGGAGAUUUCACUGUUGUUUGGUAAGCAGCAGGAACAAUUGAAGGCAAUGCAGAGGACAUUGGAAGAUGAGGAAAACUAUGAGAACACAUCACUUGAUAUUGAUAUUAACGCAACUUACAUGAAUAUAAACGGAACCUUGGUCCGAGAAAAUGAGACAAAUGGGUGUUGUACCAACACAAAGGCAGGUUAUGCUACUUCUGCUCAGAGGUUUGACAGAAAUCAAGCAGUCACUUCUAGUGAUGAAGCUAGCGUCACGGAGAAGCAUGACUGUGAUAUUAGAAGUCAAGAAGAAUGCCAAAAUACACAGGAUGCAGAUUAUACAAGCAAAGAACAUGUUGUUAAGGGUGGUUUUGGUUCUGACUUAGACGGUGUUGGCACAGCACCCCUUCUGGAAGCUGAGACGAUUGGAACUGAGCUAGUUCUUCAAACUGAAAGCCCUGGAAUUGAUGAUGAACGUAAUAUUGAUCUUAACAAGUCUGACACUUUGGUUGAGGACACAAUGCAGCUCGAUGAUGAAACCCCUGUACAUGAAAGUGACGAGCAAGCCCGAAAAGGUGUUUGUGAAAAUCUGAAUCACUCCCAGUCAACCCCCCUCGAAAAUCAAAGAACUGUGGAAGAUACAGAAACAGGAGGCACAAUCAGAACAGCAGAUCUUUUAGCUUCUGAAGUUGCUGGGAGUUGGGCAUGCAGCACUGCCCCUUCUGUCCAUGGAGAGAAUGAAUCUCCAAGUAAAGACAAUGAGGAAGAAGGUGCUGCUACAAUUCUACAUGACUUAAAUUGUCAAGUGUCAGAGUCUCAGACUGCCCCCCAAUCUGAUCCCACUGCCACCCGAUGGAAUCAAGAGCGUCGAGCAUUGAGUGAGAUGAUUGGUAUUGUUGCUCCUGAUUUAAAGGAGCAGUUUGGUGGUGUUGUGGAUGAUAGUGAUCAAAGGAGGGAAAACCAGGGUUCUUCAUCAGACUCGGACACCGAAGGUUGUGCUGACAGUGAUGAUGAUGGUGGAUAUGCUAGAGGUGGAUCACUUCGAAAUGCAGGGACCCAGGAUAGUCAUGAAGCUGAAGAUGAUACAAAUCAUGAUGCAAUGAAUGAAGACGAUGAUGCUACACAAGAAGAUUCUCUUGGAUAGCAAGCAUUUCAAUGCUUGCAUAAAUCUGCUAUUGUUUAUUAUAUUUUCUUCUGUUUCUCCUAGUCUAUAAAGAGGUGAUUUUGUUUUCUGAUUUCUUGGAGGUGCGGUUGUGUAUAGAAGAAGAAUACUGGAACUGUAAAUAGUAGGGCUUGUUGGCAAUUUCUCAUUUAGACUCUCUUAAGUCUUUUGUUUCCUUCUCUUCCCCAUUGUUUACUUAGUGUUUAUGUCAUCUCCUUUGCCCACAAAGUGUUGGAUGAUGUCUGCUUGUGACAAUUUACUGGGAAAGAAACGUUUUCUGAAUCAUGUAAGGGUUUUUUUUUUCCUUUUUCUGGUAUUGUAUUUGUGUCGUUCAAUUGCAGAAAAUAGAAGUGCUAGGAGUGAGGGCCAGAAAGGAUAUAACAAAUGCCGUGAAAGCACAAGGGUGUUUGAUCAUUGAUGAAGAUUUUCAAGUAUUAGCAGUGCUUUUAGUAAACACUUGUCGUUAACUUAGUUGGUUAUCUCUCUAGACAUGGAACGUACGAUGUCGGGGGUCAAGAAUUUGAACUAAUCAACUGAGAUAUUUUCUUAUGGAAUCUUGAUUUUAUGGACUUGUCUUACUUUGGGUCUACUUAACUGUCCGAAAGACAUCGUUAGAUUGUAGCGGUUUGUUCCUUUUUUUCUUGGUAAGUGGGAUUUGGGAGAUUCAAACUCAUGACCAUGGAUGGAGGGAUCAUUAUCACCCCCCACAUAGUCAUUUGCUCAAUCUUUUUUACAUCCGAUGGUAGGUUUGUAUCCAUUGUUGCAUUUGAGACUAACUAAAUAAAUACCAAAUAAUAUUCUUGUAUUGCCAGCCAAUAUUAUAACCUUUUGUCAAUUGUACAUAAACAUUCUCACUCUAAUAUUAGAUUUCAUACAUGAACACCAAGAUAACCUUACUUUUCCUUUCCCCAAAAAAAAAAAA